AUUUCCUGGUAGCUCCUGUAGGUCAGUCUCGGCGUGAAGCACCAAUGCUUGUAAGUAUCGCAUUUCAACAUCCCCGUCUGUGUUAAGAGCGUGAUCCGAUCAAGAUCCAUAUUUCCUGCUCCGCGUUCAUCGGUCCCCCUUCGGAAAAAUGCAGAUCCCGAGUUCAUUUUUACGAAUCAAUGUUCUGCUUCUGUGUCGUUUUUUGUCCCCGCUCCUGCGCCUCCACUUUCUUGCCACUCAAGUGGCGCAGCCACCAGUGCUGCAACCCGUUCUGGCUGCUGCAGGUCUGCCCAAUGUGCAGCAAAGGACCAAAGUCCUGCGCGACCCUCCGUCCUUCUUGCGCAUCCCGCGGCCCAGUUCGGAAGUCCGAUUUCAGUCCUAUCUGCCACUAGAGGACACGGAAGAUCUGAAGCGCUACCAAUGUACUCUCGAGGCGGAGUUGGUAUAUCAAAUGUAAAAGUGUCUGGGUCUGAAGCAUGCAAUAAUCUGUGUUGCAUGAUUACCAAAAGUCGUCCAGUUUUGACCAAGUCGCGAGGGAGUUUCUCAUGCAGGAUAGGCAUGAGAGAGAUCGCACAGAAUCUGUCAUGCUAGGUCCUGCAUUCCAGACCUCAUGGGUCAUGGAAAAGCUGCAUGACAAAUCGCGCAUUCUUCCAGACGACCCAGACAUUUUUACAUUUGAUAUGGUAAGAAGACGGGCGACGUUCAAUGAAACUGGCGGACCUAGUACAAGUGAAGACGGUACUAGUUCUCUUUCGGCAGCGCUCCGACCAGGUUCUAUUGAAUACAACACAGGCUACUGUCGCACGCAAGUCGGCAUCUCGCUCGGCAGCUGGCCGCUGCGGUCGGAAAACAGUGCGAUCAGCAUUGCCUCGACGACGGCGCCCAGAAAGAUCGACUGGCUGGUGGAGGAGGAGGAGGAAAUCCGCAGACGGAACAAGGAGGCCAGACUGACUGCUGAGGAGAAGGAAGAGGUAAAGAUUCUAGGCGUGCCGGCAAAUAGAGCGCAAGCGGAGCGGGCCAAUGUUGAGGGGCAAAAGAGAAUCGGUGCGCGCGAUCAGCAAGGAGAGCUCGCCGUAGACACUGGCCAAGAACUUCUCAGUACGGAAGCAGCGCUGCUGGACGAGUUCGGUGCCGACAUUCUCCACGGCGUUCGGGCUGCGACGUCCCCGAAGCUGCAUUUCGACCUGCUGAAGCACUUCAGAUUUUCGCGCAAGCGAAACGAGACGGCGCUGGAGCUGGGCUGCGCGUAUCAAAUGUAAAAAUGUCUGGGUCUGGAAGAAUGCAAGAUUUGUGAUGCAGGUUUUCCAUGACCCAUGAGCUCUGGAUUGCGAGACCCAGCAUGACAGAUUCUUUGAGGUCUCUAGCAUGCCUUUCCUGCAUGAGAAACUCCCUCUCAACUUGGUCAAAAGCGGACAGCUUUUGGCACUCACGCAACACAGAUUUUUGCAUCAUUUAGAUUCAGCAUGACAAGUUCAAAUCUUCCAGACCCAGACAUUUUUGCAUUUGAUAGCGCGAACGGGUUUACCACGCGGAUUCUGUAUCAAAAUGAAAAAUCCCCCCUCCCCAUGUCAAAACGGAAAUUUGUGAUGCUGAUUUGUGGCCACAAAUCAGCUUUGUAUUGCAGAGAGGCAUGGCGGCCAGAUCCCCAGGCUAGGUAGGGGCGUAUGGGUCUAGUUGUUCAGCAUGGCAAACGGUUCCCCUUUAUGCCCAACAGCAUGGCAAACAGCUUCCAUAAUGUGGCGGAAACUUCUGCCCUUGUCUUCUUGAAAGACAGAUGUGAUUUGUGACCUCAAAUCCGCAACACAAAUUUUUGGAAGCAUAUCUUUGCAAUAUGGGGAGGGGGGAUUUUUCCUCUCAAUAUUCUGGUCCGGCUGUUCAAACAGGUGAUUUGCCUGGAGAAGCGCCCGGGAUUCACGCGACGGCUGAUUCCCAACUACCCCAACCUGAUAAAACUCAAUUACGACCUGUACCAGGAACACUGGGCGUACUCGCUGCAGGGCACGCCGGUCCACUUCGUGUUCAUCGACGCGCUGCACGAUUUUUCCGCGGUGCUGUUCGAUCUGAAGGCGGUGCUGGGAAAAAUUUCCUGCUGCAUCCACACCAUCGGUUUCCACGACUUUUACUUCCCUGGGGUCAUGAACGCGAUCGAGAAGACCGGCCUGGUCAAGUACUUCGGGAAGCGGUGGAAGCACCUCGGGGCCGGGUUUCCCAACAGCUGGCGCCCGAGCAGAAACCAUCACGGGCUGAGCCUGAAGUUGCCGGACAGUAUGAAAGAAAAGAGCGAACAGCAACAGAUAGAGAUACACAGCAACAAGCACUUUUUGGACCACAUGCUGGACCCGUAUUCGGCGCAGUGCCCCGCGGAGGGCAGCUUCUCAGAAGGAUCAACAGAGUCUUCAACAUCUGUCGGUCGUUCAACAUCUUCUGCUGUUAUUUCAAGCCCAGUGAUGGAGAUGAAAAGUCUAAAUCACGAGCGAACUACUACGCGAUCAUCUAGCUCGACGUACACGCCGUGGGUGCACCGCAAGCACAGGCCCGCCACGUACUCUCCGAAGUUCACGUUCUACCCUACGCACCCCGAGGGGCUGCUGGUGGAGCUGAAGGACAAAUUUGUCACCAGCCCGGGGCUCGUGCAGGCAGGACUCACGGACCUGGAUGAGGUAGAGAAAAAAUUCAGCGCAAAGUGGGCCUGCAACUGGCUGGACCAGAAUAAUGACGGGAAGUUCCCGGAUAUUGAUAGGGAAGCUGUGGAGGAGAGCUCAGCACGACAAUCCGAGCGGGACGACCAGAAACUGCCUUCGCCAAUCCAGGACUUGCUCCACUACUGCCCGGACAAGGAGACGUUUCUGAAAACCACCGGAAAAGUGGAGGUGGUCGACCCGGAGACGAACGAGAUAGAGCUCGUGAAACGGGGUAACAGCGACACUUCGCCCGACGACCCGGCGCCGAUUUUACUGCGGGACGACGUCGUCUACUACUACCACAAGCGAAGCUACGCGCAAAACCUGCCGGGGCCGAAGGCGACCAGUACCAUUGACACCAUGGUGCACGACCUGGAGCUGAAGGUCGCCGCUAAGAACCGGCGGGUUGAGGAGGAGCAGCAAGUCGUUCUGGAGCGGAAGGUGCGGCCCUACUUCAAGAAUCAGCUGAAAAUCGACCUGCUGAACCACGGGGUGUACGCGAUCCAGGACCUGGGGUGGCAGAUGAACAAGGCCCGGUACCUAUCCUGUGUAAAAACGUCCCCACCCCAGAGUCAAGAUGGGAUGAAAUCUGCUAGACAAAUCGGCCGGCUUUGGUUGUUUCGCAUGACAAAUUUGUCCUUGUAAUGUAAUCCUGUUUGGCUAGUUGCGAAGCAUCACAGAUCUAGCACGCCAUGCUGAUUCUAGCGUUACAGAUUCCAAAACACGCCUAGGCAAUGGCUCCCAUGGGGCUCCGCAUGAGAGAAUUGUUUGGCAUGCAGAUUUACAUGACAACUCAAACUCUGGGGUUUUACCCAAGAUAGUACCUACACCAGCACUUGUACCCGCAGCUGCCGAAGAACAUGCGGGAGUCUCUUCCCCACGUGUUUGAGGGCGGGGAGCCGGGGUCGGUGCUGCGGGUCUUUGGCUUUCUGCAGUUUCUAUCAACUGCAAAAGUGUCUGGGUCUGGAAGAAUGCAUGUUUGUCAUGCUUGUCUGGCAUGACUCUUAAAUCUGUCAUGCGCGUUACCCAAGAGCUCCAUUUUUCUGUGAUGCAGAAACGCAGUUUGUCAUGGUGCAGAAUAAGCAACACCUAGAAGCUCAGAAACUUGUCACGCUGAGCCAGCACUUGUGGCCUCAACAUGAGACGCCACCCAGCAUCACAAGUUUCCAGACCCAGACAUUUUUACAUUUGAUAGCUUCUCCCCGACAACGCGUUCAAGCUGGUGAGUGGCAACGAACACCUGACCUGGACCAACGCCCGGCUGCUGCGGGCGCUGUUCGAGGGCGGGCAGGUGAACGCGGAGAUGGCGAAGAAGGCAAGCGACAUACUGUUGAAAGACCAGGAUUCGGUUUUCCUGGACGAGGGGCCGUUUGGAAAGGGAUCAUCCGCGGGUGCUGAAGUAGAUGGCGGGAGUUCCACAUCUGCAACUAAGACGAGACCCACCCCUCGACUCGUAGUUGCCAGGGAAUCCCUCGGGUUUCCCAACACGGACAACUCGGAACUUGUCAACACCGACCCGGAAGACAACAGCAACAACCCGCACCUCUUCGACGACCGCGUUCCUGUCGACGUGAUCAGAAAUAACAUGGAGCACAUCCUCGACGAUCCGCUCGAGCCGAACCGCGACCAGGGGGUAUUUCUAGAUCCGGCCAUCGCCGAAGAGGCGCAGCGGAAGGAUGAGGCCAUUGCUGCCGCCACCGCGAGUGACUACCGGAGCACAAAGCAGUACCUGGGCAAAGCCAUGAAGGUCGUGUCGGGCAUCUACAAGCAGUCGGACUACGACAGCAACAUCGUCUAUCUCUUUUUCCGCGUUGGUAAGACGGUGCUGCCCCCCAAGCCGUACGCCACCGCGGCAAACCAGCCGUCGAUCCUCGUGGGGAACGGCACCGCUUGGGUGCUGCAAUUCACCGCAAGCCGAUCGAGGUUCACGGUGCUCGACAUUUUUUCUAUGGGGGAGGAUUGGGUCGUGGGCCCGGAGCGGGACCCGACGGGCGGGUCGCAAUUCAGCAGCAUAAACUACGUCGGGUUCGCGUACCAGCAGCUCUUCCGCCUCGUCACGCAGGCAAAUGAUGAGUUCGCGGACGAGGGGCCCGCGGGGUAUUGACACAGCACUCUUUUCGGUUUGGAGAAGGUACUUAUUACUCCGCUGCGUUGUGAAUGUGAUGUUCAUUUCUCGUGGCCGCACCUCAGGACGCAGGCGCAGCGGUAGCAGCCAACCAAUUGUGAAAACCGACACGACAUCAUGAUCCGUUUGUCCUCGGGAGGUGGUCACCUUCAUAGCAAUUCAUGCACGACCGGCGAAAGCACUAGAAAAUCACUCCGUGCAGUGAAAAUAAAACCCAG